AUGACGACGACGACAACAAGAAUUCCCCUAAGGACGAAAGUGAACGCGUUGUCGUCAUCAUCUACCUCUGAUUUAAGAACAACAAACCCACCUUCGACAAUUAAAUACGGAUACGUGGAUACCCACGCGCAUUUAGAGAUGAUUUUAGAGAAAUUAGACACGAAAUACGAACACUGGAUAGAGUCUGUUCGGGAGAAAGAAUCGGAGCAAAUGUACUCGUUAGAGUCGAUUUUGACAAUCGGAUGUAAACCAGAGAAUUGGAGGAAAGUUGAACAUUUCUUACAGUUUGAAGAAGUGUACGGCGCGUUCGGGGUGCAUCCGUUAAAUGCGAACGCGUUUGAAGAGAAUACUUUUUCCACGACCGUCUCGGAUGGUUUAAAAGCUUUGCAUAAAAAAUACCCGGGAAAGAUGAAAGCGAUAGGGGAGUGCGGUCUCGAUUACUACGUCUGUCAAGAUCCGGACGUCGCGAACGCGAAAGAAUGGGUCUGUCCUGUCGAUUGUCGAGAGCAUCAGCAGUUUGUUUUCAAAGAGCAAAUUCUGUUGGCGAAGGAGAUGAAUUUGCCGUUAGUCGUGCACGCGAGAGAUGCCGGGGACGGAGACGCGGAAUCGGAUUGUUUGGAUAUCAUGCGGAAACACUGCGACGCGUCGCAAAAGAUUCACGUGCACUGUUUCACCGGAACCACGUCGUUUGCUCAAGAGUUAUUACAGUCCUUUCCGAACUUAAAACUUGGCUUUACCGGCGUCUGUACUUUUAAAAACGGUUCGAACGUCCGCGAGGUUGUUCGAAUGACCGAUUUGAAUAGAAUACUGCUCGAAACGGACGGACCCUUCAUGGCGCCCGUGCCGUUUCGAGGAAAAGUAGCGGAGCCGUCGAUGGUACCGCACAUUGCUGAAAUCAUCGCGACGGUUAAGAAAAGUACCGUAGAAGACGUGUUUGAGGUGUGCAGAGAGAACACGAGGGAGGUAUACGGGAUUUAG